AUGUUGACCGCGAAUCGGCCAUUGACUUCCUGGAUAUACCGCGCCUCGGUCCUCUUGGCUCUCUGCCACAACGCACUCUGCAAUGCGACCGCCGAGCUACACCAGCAGCGUGAUCUCCCCACGACACCAGUGACAACAUGUCCGGCGAAGAGUACCUGGCAGACGGAGGGGGAGCUCUUCCACCUCCCACCGUGUCUAGAGACGCGCUGGGGACCGGGUCGCGAUAUGUACCUUGCUUCGGCAGCACCCGAUCCGGUCGUUAAUCCACUUGCUGUCUCAAACGGGGCGCCAGAAGAGACGGCGAGAACGAUCCCAGAGGAAAACCCAGAACAGGAUCAAGAUACAGACUCGUUAUUAGAUGGUGCCAGUUUCCUCUCAUUUGAGGACUGGAAGAAACAGAACCUAGCGAAGGUCGGACAAUCAGCCGAGAAUGUCGGAGGGAACAGACGUGCCGCGGCAGCUGGAAAGGAAGACCGUCGACAGCCGACAGGAAUCAACAAUGCUUUGGAUUCGCUGGGCGACGAUUCUGAGAUCGAGUUGGACUUUGGUGGGUUCGGCGCUGAGACGCCCGAGGCCAGUCCUACCGCCUGGGGCUCACAUAUCCCGUCGCGCGAGGCUGGGCAGGCGGAGAACGCGGGUGGAAGAGACGCAGUGGGUGUACACGGGCAGGGUGCGCUCCAAAGAGAUGCGUUACGCCGUAAGGAUGCUGGUACCACUUGCAAGGAGAGGUUCAACUAUGCUUCCUUUGACUGCGCGGCUACGGUGCUGAAGACGAAUCCCGAGUGCAAGGGCUCCUCUUCUGUGCUGAUUGAGAAUAAGGAUAGCUAUAUGCUCAAUGAGUGUCGCGCUCAGAACAAAUUUCUUAUCUUGGAACUGUGCGAUGAUAUUCUGGUUGAUACGGUUGUCCUUGCAAACUAUGAGUUCUUCAGCUCUAUCUUCCACACAUUCCGGGUUAGUGUCUCGGAUCGGUAUCCCGCGAAACCGGACCAGUGGAAAGAACUUGGGGUCUAUGAGGCACGCAACACUCGUGAGGUGCAAGCUUUCGCAGUAGAGAACUCGCUUAUUUGGGCUCGAUACCUUCGAGUUGAAUUCCUUACGCACUAUGGGCAUGAGUUCUUCUGCCCUAUCAGCUUAAUUCGGGUGCAUGGUACCACCAUGAUGGAAGAGUACAAGCAUGGCGAGAGCUCUGACCGCGCUGAAGUUGAGGAGUUAGAGGCCAGUGCAGCUAAUCAGCUUCUCCAAGACCUGGAAACCAAGCCUGUCGAGGUACCAGUCGAGGUGCCAGUCGAGAAAUUCAUUCCUGAGGUGGAAUCUAGCCUUACAGUGGAUGAGAUUUGCCCGAACCCCGUAUCAGAGGCUGUGUCGCCUUUUGCGAAACACAAUGAUAGAGAUAUAUGCGGCAUCAAUGAUGGGCCGCCUGUCACGACUCCAUCGACGUCAGCCACAACGGAUCAGAGCAAUCCACCACCGAAACAGAACUCCACUGCUGCAGUUGGAGGCAGUCCCUCCGCGACCAAUGUCGGAUCACCUGUCCCCCCAAAAGGUGAGGAUACCCGAAAGCAGGGCGAGCCUGCCAAAAAUAUUGUGACUGCCCCGGAUGCCUCAAGCGUAUCUUCGGAGGCUACUCAGGAGAACGCUACAUCCGAGAGCAUAGGGAAAGUCACCACCAAAGCAAAAGAGGAGCAGAGCAUUCCUCCCCCAGAGUCAACGAGACCUACAAAUACUCAACCGCCAUCUGCAAACCCCACGACCCAAGAGUCCUUCUUUAAAUCUGUCCACAAGCGGCUCCAGAUGCUUGAGUCGAACUCUACGCUGUCUCUUCUCUACAUCGAGGAACAGUCUCGCAUCUUGCGCGAUGCGUUCAACAAGGUUGAGAAACGGCAGCUAGCAAAGACAUCUACCUUCCUGGAAAAUCUCAACGUAACUGUUCUCAAUGAAUUAAGAGAAUUCCGUGAGCAGUACGAUCAUGUCUGGAAGUCUGUUGCUCUCGAAUUUGAGCACCAGCGCAUGCAGUACCACCAGGAAGUUCAUUCCCUCAGCGGACAGCUCGGUGUGCUUGCAGACGAACUAGUUUUCCAAAAGAGAGUCACCGUGAUCCAGAGCAUCAUGGUCCUCUGCUGCUUUGCCCUUGCGCUGUUCUCACGAGGGUCAGGAAACAACUAUAUGGAAUUCCCCGCUGUUCAAAGAAUGGUCGCGCGGUCUUACAGUCUGCGGUCUUCAUCUCCAAAUUUUGCCUCCCCGUCGGCUAGCCCGGGAUCGACACGCCCAACGUCGUCCUCAUACCGUGAGAACAGUGGUCAUCGCAGAAAUCUCUCUGAUUCGUCCGACCAAGAUAGCGCUGCUAGUCCGACCACGGCGUAUUCCCCUCCGACUCCCACAUCCUCUUCUCCCACAGAAGGAGAUGUUGAGGAGACAGACAAGAUCGAAGAACCUGUCUCUCCUGAGUCUAUGUCCAUGCCUACUCUGGCAACACCACAACCCCGGUCUCAGAGUACGCCGCCUGUAUUGAAUGGGCGCCCUGUUGACCUGGAUAUGACUACACCGGCUGGUGAUGAGCUGAGUAUCGAUAAUCCACGGUCGCUUGAGCUGUGA